AUCUUAGUGUGAUGUGUUAAUAAGUGCUAGAUUCUGAAACCAGAUUGGCAAAUUCUGAGGUUACAUCUACUUGUACUCUUGUACUAGUAUGACAUAUUACACGUGCGAUGGUGUCGCAUUUUGCCUCCAAAUAUUUGAAAUCUAGUUACAAAGCUAUUUCCCUCCUGGACCAACCAUGUCUAUCUUUGUCACAGCUCAAGCAAAUCCAAUGCCACCUGAUUGUCUCCGGGACCAUUGCCGACCCUUUUGCUGCUGGGAAACUCCUUUCGCGCUUUGGAAUCUCGGAAAAGAGCGAUCUUUCACAUGCUUAUGCCCUUUUUCGCCUCAUUCCUAAUCGGUCCCCUUUUAUAUGGAACACCAUCAUUAGAGCUUUUACUGAACAUAGUCAGCUCAAUGGUGCUAUUUUACUGUCUAAAGAAAUGCUGGGAAAUGGGUUUUGGUACAAUAAUUAUACUUUUUCGUUUGUUUUUCGGGCUUGUUCCGAGCUAAAGGAUGUUUCUUUGGGAUUGAUGUAUCAUACCCAUGUGAUAAAAUUGGGUUGGGAAGUUUAUGAUUUUGUGCAGAAUGGUUUGAUUCAUUUUUAUGCUACUUGUGAUUGUAUGGACAUUGCUAGGAAGUUGUUUGAUGCGAGUAAAACUCGUGACGUGAUUACCUGGACUGCUGUGAUUAAUGGGUACGUGAAGCGUGGGAACAUUGGGUUUGCAAAAGAGUUGUUUGAUCAAAUGCCGGAAAAGAAUGCUGUUUCUUGGAGUACUAUGAUUAAUGGGCAUGUCCAAAGUGGCUUAUUUUUGGAGGCUUUGGAGAUGUUUGAUGAUAUGCAAGUUGCUGGUAUCGGGCCAAACCAUGCUGCAAUUGUAGGUGCAUUGUCUGCUUGUGCUUUUCUUGGUGCUCUGGAUCAAGGCACGUGGAUUCACGCCUAUAUGAAGAGGAACAAGAUUGAGUUGGACAGAGCAUUAGGAACAGCCCUUGUUGAUAUGUAUGCCAAGUGCGGGUGCAUUGAGAUGGCCUGUCAUGUUUUUGAGGAGAUUCCUCGUAAGGACGUGCUUGCUUACACAUCUUUCAUUUCAGGCUUGGCUAAUCACGGUGAAAGUGCAAGGGCAAUGGAGGUAUUCAAUAGGAUGGAGAGUGAGGGUGUUGGGCCAAAUGAGGUCACAUUUAUUUGUGUUCUGAACGCCUGUAGCAGAAUGGGGUUGGUAGAAGAAGGGUUGAGAAUAUUUGAAAGCAUUAAAGGAGUUUAUGGGAUGGAACCUGUGGUUCAGCAUUAUGGUUGUUUGGUAGACCUUCUAGGCAGAGCAGGAAUGCUUGAACAGGCAAGAAAGGUUGUGAAAGAGAUGCCUGUGAAGCCUGAUUCCUAUGUAUUGGGAGCAUUACUUAACGCUUGCAGGGUUCAUAGUGACAUUGAUCUGGGAAAAGAAAUGGUCAAGGGACUGGCAGAUCAGAGUCUUGACCAUGGCGGAGUUCAUGUUCUUCUGUCAAAUAUUUAUGCAGCUAUUAACAAAUGGGAUGAUGCGGAGAGUGUUCGGAAGGUAAUGGAUGAGAAGAAGGUGAAAAAGGUGCCUGGCUGUAGCAUGAUUGAUUUGGAUGGAAUGACUUGUGAGUUUGUUGCUGGAGACAGGUCUCGUGUUAAUAUGGAUGAAAUUAGUUUUUGUUCGCUGGUGGUCGACAGUCACUUGAAAUCUCUAGGAUAUGAUGAAUAUGAGAUUAGUUUAGAGUAGCUAUUGUAUAAGAUUUUUCUAGUUCUUCUCUUGCUCAUACAGCUGUGGCUGAUAGCUCAGAGCACAAUUGGUAAAACUAAUGGCAGAUUAACAGGAAUUGAAUCCCUUUGCAGAACAUGUCAGAGUGUGCUUGUUUGUAAGCAAGGCUGCCUGCUGAACGCCAAGGUCGACUCAACCAUACGGAGGUUCAACACUAUUAGAGAGCCUAAAACAUUUGAAAAGAAGGGGAAAAAGGGGAAGAGCCAUUUCACUGGUUCUAAGCAGCACAGCAUGGCCAGCAACGUCUAUCCGCGGCCGAGCCCAUCUAACUCUGC